UUUGAGAGACAACAACACAUGAAAUUGCCUACUCUAUUAUUGUCAGAGUAUUCAGGCUAUUAAAUUUAUUGAAGAACAACACUAGGUCCCUCUGCUUCUCAUGAUUUGCAACAUAAAACUCCCUUAAAAUAAAAACCACAAGAAUGAAUGAAAUCGAUGAUUUAGUUGUGGACCAUUUGGUUUAAAGAUAUGGUGACAGUGAAUUGAAUAAAUGCAUCAACCUCUUUGAUUAGAACUAGACAACUUAUAAUCUUUCAUCCUUCCGAACUUGCUUCAUCCACAAAUUUAAGGCCUCAUAUCAACAUGGCCAACAAGCAUUGGCACAUGGAUUUGUCUCCGAUGGUUAGUGACAAAAACUUCAGCUCCAACCCAAAGUCUGUCUACAGCUUUUUAUAUAAAUAACCCCCCUUCUAUUCAAGCACCAAAUUGUCCUAAAGUUCUAGUUUACUUUCUUGUUUCCAAUCUUCUAAGAAAACAUGGCAAUGCUCAGCGCUAAGAAACUCAUCAAGAUGGCCAGGAGAUGGCAGAAGUUUGCAGCUAAGCAGAGGAGGAGGAUUUCAUUUCCAAGAAAUGGAAGUAAUGCAGACGGUUGCAGUUCAUCCGCUAUAGUUGAAAAAGGCCAUUUUGUAGUCUAUACAAUUGAUCAAAGGCGCUACUCAUUCCCCUUGACUUAUCUUGAAAAUGAGGUCGUUAUGCAGCUUUUAAGCAUGUCGGAAGAAGCGUUUGGACUACCGAGUGGUGGCCCUAUUACAUUACCCUGUGAUUCAGCCUUCAUGGACUACACCAUUUCACUAAUCAAGAAAGGUGUAGCUGCCGGAGAUCUUUACAAAGUGUUGCUCCUCUCAAUUCCUUCAUGUUGCUGUUCAACUUCUUCUUUGCACCAAGAAAAUGGAAAUCAACUGAUGCUUGUUUCUUGAGUCAUGAUGUCAUGUUUUGUAAAUAUCUCAAAAUGGAUUGUAUAGCUAGUGAAAAAUAGACAACUGAAAACCUUGUAUUAUUACAGAUGGAAUAGCGCUUUAUCUUGAAAUUAACCAGA